AUGGAAGCGUCCGACAUGCGAGAAGCGCUGCGUCUAGCCCGAGAGGGGGUAAAGCGACAGCAAGAAGCGGAGGAGCAAGCUCGCGACGUGCUUCUGCUGCCCAAGGGCGAGACGCGCCCACGCAGCCUCAAGUGCUUGGGUUGGCGAUCUACUGGAGGAUGCAGUCCGUAUGGACCGCGCAAGCCUGAAAAGGACUACACAUGCACCAAGUUCGUCCCGUUCGGACACUCGGGCUACUGCGAAGUGGAAGAUACCGAGACGGGCGAACGCUUCAGGGUUAUGCGGCGUUAUUGCAGCAGCUCCAAGUGGGAGACGAGCUUCCGCUGCUCGGAUGCGGCGAACUUUGUUAAUUUCCGCUAUAAGGCAAGCGAAGCUGUUGAGGUUGCGCGUGCACCAGGAUUUACGCUGCCCAAUGUGGCUGGGAACGAUACGGAGGACAACCGGACCGCUCGUGACGGUAUCGUCAUGGUGGUGUACCCGAAGCUGAUCCCUAGCGCCUACGCAACGAUCAAGACGCUGCGCGACGUGUUCGGCUGCCGCCUGCCCAUUGAGAUUUGGUUUCGUCGAGCCGAAAUCAAUGGCCACCCGGACUCAAUGAAGCCUCUGAUGGCGCUGGCAGCGGAUAAUGAGACGUCGGUCAUUACCUUCCAUGAGAUCACCGACUGGCACGCAGCGGGCUACGGCACGAAAGUGUUUGCGAUCUACAACAGCUACUUCGAGCGCAUCUUAUUCCUGGACGCCGACAACGUACCCACCCGAGACCCGACGUUCCUGUUUGAUUCGCCGGAGUUCGUGGAGAAUGGCGCCGUGUUUUGGCCGGACUUCUGGCACCCAGGACGCACCAUUUUCAACAUCCACAGCCAGUCGCUGCUCUGGGAACUGCUCGACAUGCCGUUCGUGAAUAUGUUUGAACAGGAAAGCGGCCAGCUGCUCAUCGAUCGUCGGAGGCACGCAGAGGCACUAGAACUCGUCAAGUUCUACACUUUCCACCGGCCGAGCCACUUCGACUACAUGAAACUCGCCCACGGCGACAAGGACUUGUUCCGGUUUGCGUGGAUGAAGCUCGGCGCCCCGUUCCACAUGAUAAAGGCUGUCCCAGCCUUGGCCGGCAAGACCAUCAACGACAGUUUCUGCGGCUUGACCAUGGUGCAGCAUGACGCGCAGGGAGAGGUGCUCUUCAUGCACCGCAACUCGCACAAACUGACGGGUGAACCUCUGCGAGCUCAAGUUGACUACCGGUCUCGGGCUAUCGCGCGGUCGAGAAAGAAGGCAGAAAUCCGUCAGAGGUACCGGAACGAGGGCAAGGAGAUCCCGAGCUGGUCGGAGCUGGACGCGCUCGUCCAGGCCGAAGAAACGCCAGCGCCAACAUUGGAGCCGCCCGAGCCCGACGGAUACCCGGACUCGAUGGUGUGGACGCACCUGCUGUCGUUCCGCAACACGACGGGCCAGGAAUACUACUACAUCGAGACGUUCAACGCCGACCCGGAGUUCCCCAAGUCGCAGAACUGCUACGGGCAGCGCAACGUGAGCAAGAACGAGUACUUUUACGCGCAGGAGGUGGCCGACCUGCCCUUCGCCGGCCUCGAAACGCACUUGCGUCGCUUUGCCGCGGAGGCCGUCGAGAUCAAGCAGUCGUAG